UCAAUCGAUUCCUUCGAUACCAACCCAACCUCAAACAAAAUGUUCAAAUUGUUCAUCUUCGCUUGCUUCCUCGCCCUGGCUGCGGCUAAGCCCGGCGUGUUUCCAGUGGCUUACACCGCGCCUGUAGCCGCAGCGUACACCGCGCCAGUAGCCGCGGCCUAUACAGCACCGCUUGCCUACUCCGCAUACUCUGCCUACACCGCGCCUGUUGCUGCAUACUCUGCUUACACAUACGCAUCUCCUUAUGGCGCGUACUACCUUCGUCGUUGAUUCUGAUGUCUAGCUGCUAUAUCCGUUGUUAAAAU